UUUACUAUAUAUCUUUACUAUAUUUAUCCAUUCUUCAGUUUAAGAAAAUGUGGAAAACUUGUUUUUGUUUUUAUUUCUUCAAUCUCAAAUAAAUAUUUUUUAUGUGCAGACAAAUGUAUAAGCUGACUACGUCUUGUACAGACAUUGUCUCAGUCUUUUUCCUCCACUUGAGUGAACUGCCAUGAAAAGUCAUUUUUUUAUACCUUCUGAUUUACUUCGCGAGAGGAAACGAUGAAACAGUAAGUUUUCAUUUCUUGGGUAGUCAUCUGCAACUCAGACAUAAGUCAUUCAUGCCAUAGUGUCUAUGUGUGUUUUCUCUCUUCUGUCUCUGUUUGCAGAUGACUGUGUGUGUGUUUCUUUGCCGCCGCCUCCUGCAGCCCAUCCGGCGCUCUGUACCUCCUCCUUACGCGCCUCCCCGGCUCUUUUUCCCACUGCUGGGAGGAAUAGGACGCGGCCACAGCGGCGGGAAGCAAAUUAUCUUUAAGCACUUCCUAAAAGAAAAAAAAGCUCACACUUAUACACUGAUGCCACCACAACUAAGGAGACACAUCGUCCCAGACAUGAACCAGAGAACUCAGUAGGAAUUAGCUGACAGCUGAGUCCAGGCUGGCACCAGUGCUCUUCUAGUGCGCUACUGUUGCUCAUUAACGCACGUUUAACAUAAUUUGGAUAGUCAUUCUUUUUCAUCUAUUAUAAUAAACAACUACGAUGUCUGGAUGGAGUGUGGCCUGAGGUCUCGGCGGCUGGACGUGGAAACUGACGGAGCACUGCGCUUAAAAGAGAGGAGGAAAAGGGCAGAAAAGUGAAAUAAAAGGAAACUGGAAACGAUACUAUCUGUUCGUGAUGUGGUGACUGGAUGUUCUUCAGAGCAGCUGUCAAACUCAGCCGAUCCUCCUGCCCCUCGGGCCACUGGGAGCUGUUCUGAGGUCUUCACUGCGCAUGUCAGAGCGCUGGACAGCUCCAGAGAGGGAAAUUUAAAAAGGGGUUUUGCACAAUCAAGUGCAACACAGUGAAAUACAGUACAGGAGCUGAGGAGUGUCUCUCACUAUCUCCAGUAUCAUCCAAAACAGAGGCACCACACAUCCCAAGAAAUGAUAGAAGGUGGAAUAAUAUCCAGGAUGUCCGGAAUCAUUGAGAAUGCUGGCCAUCAUCCGUCACCACAGGACUACAGGCUUCUGACCACGGAUCCCUCCCAGCUGAGGGAGGAGGACCUCCCUGGGGACCUGCAGUCUCUGUCGUGGCUCACCUCCGUAGAUGUGCCCAGAAUACAGCAGAUGGCUGAUAGCCGGGGACAUAGUAACGGGCCCUCCCAGGGCAGUUUGCUGGAGCAACAGACAGCUCAGCUCAGCAGUCUGCCCAUGCCAACAGGACAGAGCUCCAUGCUACAGCUGCAUAGCACCAUGCAGCACAGCCCUUUGGGGAUCAGCAGGGUCAACACACACAGUGGAAGUAUGUCUCCAUACUCCAUGAAUGGACUUCCUUCUCCAGCUUACCAGUGCCCUUCCUCAGUUUACCAGUCCACACCUCAGCAGGUCUUCUCUCUAACACAAACUGCACAACAGUGUUCGACAACUGGACUUUACAGCAACGUCCCCUUCAGUGACCAAAGUCUUUACUCACAACCUCGGCUGGCUCCACAGGACCAGGAGCUGCAGCCCAAGUCCUUCCCGAAACCCAUCUACUCCUACAGCUGUCUGAUUGCCAUGGCUCUGAAAAACAGCAAAACUGGCAGCCUCCCAGUCAGUGAGAUUUAUAGCUUUAUGAAGGAACAUUUCCCCUACUUUAAGACGGCACCUGAUGGAUGGAAGAACUCAGUCAGACACAAUCUGUCCCUAAACAAGUGCUUUGAGAAGGUGGAGAACAAAACAAGCAGUUCCUCCCGUAAGGGCUGUCUGUGGGCACUGAACCCUGCCAAAAUUGACAAGAUGGAGGAAGAGAUGCAGAAGUGGAAACGCAAGGACCUGCCAGCCAUCCGCCGCAGCAUGGCUAAUCCUGAUGAGUUGGACAAACUGAUCACAGACCGCCCAGAGAACUGCAGACGGAAGAUUCUAGAGCCUGGCCGGGCCAGACUACCGGGCUGUCAAACUGGACUCACACUGUCUGUGCCUACACCGAUGCAGCCCCAGUCUAUAGUCACUCUGUCCCUCCCACAUUUACCCCUACACCAGCACCACCAGUUCCAGGCCCAGCUCCAGGCUCAGGCACGGUUGGCCCCUAUGUCCCCGGCACCAGCCCAGACACCUCCCCUGCACACAGUUCCUGACCUUUCCCACAGUCCACUUAGUCAGCAGCUGGGUAAACACCCAGAAGACUUCUACAGCAUGCACAGUGACACCAAUACAGAGGUGGAUGCACUGGACCCCAGCAUCAUGGAUUUUGCUUUUCAAGGUAAUCUGUGGGAAGAGAUGAAGGACGACAGCUUUAACUUGGAUGCUUUGGGCACCAUCACUAACUCGCCCCUCAGAUUAUCAGACUGUGACUUGGGAACUACCAACAACCCUCCAGCACCCACUGGUGUGAACCUGCCGCUAUCUGACCUACAGGUCACAGGCCUCUACACUUCCUACACAUCCCAAGACCCUCUGACAACGCAGUAUCUGAAUACACCAGUCAACAACAAGCCAAUCGCCUUGCUUUAAAGGAGCCAAAGUGAAAGAAAAAAAAUCACUGACUCUUGGGGAAAAAAACCUGCUGAGUGGCGUACGGAAAAGCCUAGUUUAUGCUCUCGUUCUGUACGUACAUAUUUCCAAACUUCGCUGUCCACAUACUGCAUUACGUCUUUCUUGUGGUAUGCGUUUAAUGUGCAUACAUGAACUAUUGUGCACAACACCACCCCCGCAAUUUCCUGUGGUACUGAUCUGUUUCACGCACAGGGGUACGUUUCGCAUGCUGUCCAAAAUAUCCAUAUCCAUGUCCAUAUCCAAUUAAACACAUAAUGAACGCAACGGACAUCAUAAACUAGGCUGAAGUCUGCAUGCUUUGUGGAAAACAUGGAUUGAUGUCAAUGUACAAAACAGAAAAAAACAUAAACUGCAAAAAACAAGAUUUGGUAGCAAAAAAAAAACUGUCUUCAAUAUCAAACUUUUGCUAAGCAAAAACUCAAAAGUGUGUAUGAAAAUAAGGACUCGACAUGGAGAUGUACGUGUUCAUUAGACUCUACCACUUUUUCCUGCUUGUUUCCAUCCAUACUUUAACCCUUCAUCUUCCUGUCUGUUGUGUUGUGCUAGACAUUGUUACUGUGGCAUUUUAUUUAUAUUGAAAAAGGCAGCCGGAGACAGUGAUGACUCAAGGUCAAUCUUUUGCUGUAUAUAUGUGAAUGAUGAAAAUGUUUUACAACAGAAAAUGGUUUUGACUGUAUUUACCAACUUCAUUCCAAAAGGCAA